CAGGGUAAAGGUUGCGCCUGCGCAGUGACCGCUGGUGGCGCGUGGAGGCUACUCCAAGAAGUGCACGAGUUGCGUUCGAGUCGGGGUCCGGGUGUCUCCAGCGGCGCGCAGCACUUAGGGUCAUGUCGUGGCUUUUCGGCAUCAACAAGGGCCCCAAGGGCGAAGGCACGGGGCCGCUGCUGCCCUUGCCGCCCGCUCAGUCCGGGGCAGAGGGUGGCGGAGACCGCGGCUUGGGAGACCGGCCGGCGCCCAAGGACAAAUGGAGCAACUUCGACCCGACUGGACUGGAGCGCGCGGCUAAGGCGGCGCGCGAGCUGGAGCACUCGCGCCAUGCCAAGGAGGCGCUGAGUCUUGCGCAGAUGCAGGAGCAGACACUGCAGCUAGAGCAGCAGUCUAAGCUCAAAGAGUAUGAGGCUGCUGUGGAGCAGCUGAAGAAUGAGCAGAUCCGCGUACAGGCUGAGGAGAGGAGGAAGACCCUGAGUGAGGAGACCCGGCAGCACCAGGCUAGGGCCCAGUACCAGGACAAGCUGGCCCGGCAGCGAUAUGAGGACCAGCUCAAGCAGCAGCAACUUCUCAAUGAGGACAAUUUACGAAAGCAAGAGGAGUCUGUGCAGAAGCAGGAGGCUAUGCGGCGAGCCACUGUGGAACAUGAGAUGGAGCUUCGGCACAAGAAUGAGAUGCUGCGUGUGGAGGCUGAGGCUAGAGCACGGGCCAAGGCUGAGCGGGAGAAUGCAGACAUUAUCCGAGAGCAGAUCCGUCUGAAGGCAGCUGAGCAGCGGCAGACCAUUCUGGAAUCUAUCAGGACAGCUGGAACCCUGUUUGGAGAAGGAUUUCGUGCCUUUGUGACAGACUGGGACAGAGUGAUGGCCACGGUGGCUGGGCUGACGUUGCUAGCUGUUGGGGUCUAUUCUGCCAAGAAUGCCACGGCAGUCACCGGCCGGUACCUUGAGGCCCGGCUGGGGAAGCCAUCGCUGGUCAGGGAGACGUCUCGCAUCACAGUGCUGGAGGCGCUAAGGCACCCCAUCCAGGUCAGCCAACGGCUCCUUAGCAGGCCCCAAGAUGCACUGGAAGGUGUCGUCCUCAGCCCCAGCCUGGAGGCGCGAGUGCGCGACAUUGCGAUAGCGACAAGAAACACCAAGAAGAACAAGAGCCUGUACAGGAACGUCUUGAUGUAUGGGCCCCCUGGGACUGGCAAAACGUUGUUCGCCAAGAAACUCGCUCUACAUUCGGGCAUGGACUACGCCAUCAUGACGGGUGGGGAUGUGGCCCCCAUGGGGCGGGAUGGUGUGACUGCCAUGCACAAGGUCUUUGACUGGGCCAGCACCAGCCGGCGAGGCCUCCUGCUCUUCGUGGAUGAAGCAGAUGCCUUCCUUAGGAGGCGAGCAACGGAAAAGAUAAGUGAGGACCUCAGAGCAACCUUGAAUGCAUUUCUGCACAGGACCGGCCAGCACAGCAACAAGUUCAUGCUGGUCCUGGCCAGCAAUCAGCCUGAGCAGUUCGACUGGGCCGUCAAUGACCGCAUCGAUGAGAUGGUUGGCUUCAGCCUGCCGGGGCGGGCCGAGCGGGAGCGGCUGGUGAGAAUGUAUUUUGACAAGUAUGUUCUUAAGCCGGCCACAGAAGGACAGCAAGAUAACCCCACUCCGGAGCCCACCACCCUCCUGUUUUCACCUGAGAGUGGCCUGUCCCUGUCUGCAGCUGGGGUUUGGAUCAACAGCCUGUCACACACAGACUUGCUCUGUUAUCUGACGUCCCUUAACUAUCCACACCCAGGCCUGGACAUGGGGCAGUGAUGGCCUACAGUGGCUGCUCUUGUGUCAGGUUUGGGUGCUGCCCUGAGGGCCACUGGAGCUGUUUGGUGUGGGAUACGGCUCUUGCCAAACACACCUUGAGUCCUCAGACUCCCAGAACUGAUGUGAGGUGGUAGUGGGGGAAGAAGGAGCCCCGCCCCUUCAAGCCCAGAUGGGCAAGACAGGCUGCUCUAUUUUUAACCCUCUCCAGGGGACCCGGUCCCACCGUACUGUGAGUCCUGUGUGCCUGAGCCAAAUCUCACAUGACCAGCCAUGACAAAAGCCAUUGCCUUUAGGAUGUGGCUCACCUCCCUGCCCCUGCUGCUGCUUGUGCUCCCUGUGACCCCUGUGCUCGGGGCCUCCUUUCUUCUUGCCCGACUCCUGGUGGCCCCAGCUGCCAUGGUCCCAAUAUCUAGUUGCAGUCUGGCCACAGCCCUGGCACCUUGACCUGGUUCCUGUGACCUGUUCAUGAGGUGCCUCCUUGGCCUUUAUUCAGACUUCAUUGCGGGAAGCCAGGGCUGUGCCUCACAAUGGGGACAGGUGUUCUCUGCUAGGUCAGAGGUGCCAUGGGCUGGGGGUGGAGCCAGGGGCUGUGCUGUUGGGGCAGGGACUGGGGGGGGGUGGCUGGCCCUGGCUCCUGCUGAGCUCCCAUUGACUAGCCGCCCGUCCUCAGGGGUGGUGGUGGGGUACCCAGUGUGCCAGGAAGGAGGGGCAGGGCAUCGGGCAGGAUAUGGCCGUCCAGGUGAAGUGCCCCCCAACCCCUCGCAGGAGGGCGUCUGGUGCCUGUCUUCCUGCCCCUGCACCACGCGGGUGCCCUCGCAGCCUCUGCCCUCAGCCCAGGCCCCACUGGGAACUCCUCCUGCAGGCGCUUGAAGUUGGCCCAAUUUGACUACGGGAGGAAAUGCUCCG